AUGACUUGGAAGCUAUGGGAGCUAAGUAAAUUGGAUAAAAUGUUAAUUUAUAAGCAAGAAACAUAUUUCAACAUUCCAGCACCAUACGUAUAUAUUAUUUCCUAUUAUAAUUUCACCGUAGACUGUGUAUAUGGUUAUGGAGGAUAUAUAUAUAGUGAAAGUAAUCAGGAUUGCACUCAAAAAAUAACGAGAAUAUAUAAUAACUCGACAUCUUCAUUUCCUUUUAUAUCGAUUUUUCGAUCAAAUUUAACUUUAACAAGUCACAUAGAUGAAGAUGCACCUAGUGCUGAUCUUCACAUAAACCAAACAGGAUCAUUGAAUAUGACCUAUAUUUCUUUUAAUAUAAACCAAACAAACCAAACAAACCCCAGCACCACUUUAUUUCAGUUAUUUGAUCCAGAAUCUCAAGGUUUAUUAGAUGAUUCUGAAUAUGCAAAUACUUUUGUACUUGGGUCAGGGAACCUAUACACUUUAAAAUACAUAAAACAAAUCCGUGAAGUGCUUGUUAGUGUACCCAGUAGUAUAUUCUCUUUAAGUCCUAAAUAUGAACGAAUACCAUAUAUUACUUCAAAUCUAGCAACUGUCUAUAUGUCAUAUCUAGGAAAUCAAUCCAUUCUUUCAGUAGGUUGUGCGUCAACUACAAUUGAAACUGAAGAAGAAAGAUUAAUUUUAACUUUACUUGAUGUUUUCGGGUUUGUUGGUGGCUUAUUUACAUUGGCCACUUCAAUAAAUAUAUUUCUAUUUGGUGAAAAUACUAAAAAUCCAUGGGGAAUAGUGCAAACGCUUUCCUGCUGUGGUAUUAAGAAAAGAGUUCAGAAUAUUCUCUACGAGCAUUUGAAAGAUCAGAUUCCAUUUGCUGAUGAAGGUGCACAUUUAGACUAUCCUCCUGAAAAAAUUGAAGAUAGAAUAAGUGCAAUCGAACAACGACAUAAAGCUUUAGAAUUUCUUCUUCGAGAUUAUGUGGUUAAUGUUAAUAUUCUUCGUGAUAAUGAUAUUGACAAUAGAUUUUAUAAAUUCAAAAAUCAAACCUGA